UCGUCAGUUGCCGCAGGAAAGGGAGCAGCCGGCGCCGCCCAGCUGCGAGCCCGGGGUGAGUAAACGGCUUCGCAUUGGGAGAGGAGAACGAGGAAACUGCCUUCAAAAAUACGGAGUGUUGAGGGUGGAAGGGAGACCUGGUUAAAAGCUGCGUCCCUGACCCGCAAGAUCUUUUAGGGGGGCUCUGUAUUUAUUGUGGGGAUCCAGAUCAUUGUGGGCUCUUGGGUAGGGAUCCAUCCCAUUGACAACGCCCUGAAGAGAUGCCGGGGUUCAGGGUUUGCCCGACUUAUGCUGCUGGUGUUGUAGGGAGAGGGGGAUUUGCAGUGUUUGGGGAAGGCACUCUGCACAUGUUCAGAGGCUCAAGGGUUGCAGUUCCUACCCGGUAAAAAUCUAACCGGGGGAUCUCUCUUUUCCUUCUACCCGACUCUGUUCACCCCCGACCCUUCUUCCGCGUUGAUCGUUCCACAUUCUACAGCACAGACCCAGUCGCGAAGUAUGAACACCGUUUUUUAAAAGAUAUAUACUGGGCGGGGUGGAAAGUUUUUUGGGGGUGGGGGUGCUGUUUUGGGUUAGCUGCUCCUGAGUCGUUAGAGGUGCCUUCAACUUCCCUGCUUCUUACCCCUUGGAGAUGUCAAGAGUUGGCGGGUUUGAGAUCAUUCUAGAUUAAUUAGAACGGGGUGUGUGUGUGUGUGUGUGUUUUGCGGCGGGCGCUGCGCGCAAUGGUUAGGGAGCCACGCGGCGGGGCGGGCGCGGGGUGUCUAAGGAGGUUACAGAGCUUGGCUCCGGGUUCUCCCAGCUUCCCCUCCGGGGAUCCAACAUUCAGCGUGUGCCAUAAAAACGAGAGUUUACUGGAAGGAGUGCGGAGAGCGGCUGGUGGGGUUUGCUUACUUCCUAGCCCCUCCCUGAGCAACCGGGGGGGGGGUGCGAGGCAGAGAACUUCACUUCGCAUCCGGCAACUUUUUGCCAACAACCUUUACCAGCCUUUGCUCCUGUGUCUAUAGCCGCAGCAGCAGAAGCAACUGGAUCUAAGGAGGGUCACAGAAAACUUGCAAAAAGGUCCACUAGUGAUACAAUCCUGUACAUAUCUAUCCGGAAGGAAGACCCGUUGAGUCCAGUGGGCCUUAUUUUUACGUGAGGACGACCCCAGUCUUAUUUCUGACAGAUGCUGCUCAGAUCUCCCUGGUAAUCCUGAUAACAGGGUGCAAAUUCAACAGCCCUUUCCCGCUUUAUUUAUUUUUUGCUAGUUCUCUUUUAGCAGACGGGGAGGUUCUGUUUAACAAUCCUGACUUAUAGCCUCUGAUAACACCCCCCCAACCCGGAAUUUAUUGCCUCUUCCCCACACCCCAGCCAUUUUGGGCAGUGGUCCCUGCCAUUGCAACAUCUUGUGGCCGGAGUUUCUACUAAGUUAAACAUGCUGUGCAAAGAAGUGUCUCAUUCUCAAUGUGCUGCCUGUCAAACUUUAUUAGGUGACCCAAGAUAUAUCUCUCCCUCUCCCCUCUUCCUGUUGUCUCUUUCUAAGCUACAGAGCACUAAAUUGAGGGUGGAGGCAACCUGAGGGCCACAUUUGGCCCUCGGUCUAAUUUCAUGCAGGUGGCAGUGGGGGAAAAUUGGAUGGAUGGGGUGGUAAAAGGGAGAGAGGAAAAGAGAUGGUGGAAAAAGAGAGAAAGGGGUAUCCUUCCCAUUUUUCUUGGUGCCAACUCCACCCUCAUGUGCCCCUGUCAAGUUUUCUCCUUGCCCAGAACGUUGCCCUCAUUAGAAAAAAAGUUUCUCUGCCUCUGUCAAAAAUGCUUUAGUCCAACCUUUGUCAACUGUGUGCCCUCCAGAUGUUUUUUACUGGUCCAAACCAUCUGGGUGGCAUCAGGCUGACAAAAGCUGCUUUAGCUGUUCCUUGUAUCCCUAGUGUGCCAACCCCAUUUUAUUCAUUUUGUUCACCCAUACCUGCACUUAGAUGCUCAUCCAGCUCAUGUGAACAAUUUCCCCUCCUCAUUUCUUCCUAUCCUUGACUGCUUGCUUUCUUUUAUUGUUUUUUUACAAUAGCGUACUGUUUUUAAUAUUGGGUUGUGUUCAACUAAGGUCUUCCCAGAGAAUCGAAUGGGCCUAAGUUACUCAUCCCCAUUAACUUCAGUGGGUCUCCUCUGAGUAGGAAUAGCAUUGGAUGCAGCCCAUUGCCUUGUUUGCAAGUAGCCCAGGGGAUAUUUAUUCUGGGAUGGCCUUGGAAGCAAAUGAAGUAAGUAGAAGGCAUAAGAACAGCUCAGGCUGGGCUUUGCUGGGUACGUUGGAAACCCUGGCACUUUGCAUUUUAGAAAGGAACACUUGAUCAUGUAAUGUCAGCUGUUUUGUUUUAACUGUGAUAAUUCUGGAAUAAUACAGGGGCAGAAGACAGAUCUCUUUUUAAAAAAGAAAAGAAAAGAAAAGUGAAAAACAACAACCAAUCUCUCUCUCUCUCUCUUAAAUAUAAAUUAAAAACUGGCCAGAUGGCAAGCAGACAUGUCUGUUCCCAUCUGUCUUGGCCCGGCUUUCCACACCUCUCUGUAUUUAAGGAAUGGAACCUGGCAGCUACAUUUGUGUGUGUGUGUCUGUGUGUGAAAUAAAUCUUGGACCUUUUACAACAGGGGUGUGGUGGUCAGGAGGGCGUCUCUGAGCUUCCAGGCCUGGCAGAGUAACUAUAAACUCUCGGGUUUAGAAGCUGGCGUCAUUGUAGUGCUUUCUCUCUCUCUCUCCCCACCACCAGACCCCCCAGAGAUUCAUCUUCUGGGCUAUAUAAAGCCCUCUGCAAGUGUCCACCCUUCUUUCACCCCCCCUCCCCAAAUUGCCCCCAAUAUAUAGCCCUUUCCCUUGCUGCCCAGCUAUUAAAGACCCAUCCGAAUUGAAUGGCAUUGAUUUCACAGAACAGGUGAGCACACGUGAAACUUGCAUCAGGAUCUUAGAUCGGACAAUACCUUGGCGGAGGGCGGGGAGCUGCUUUGUAACUUUAGAAACCCGCUCCCCUCUGCUGGAGCUAUCUUUGGAUGCUACUUGGGCUGUGGGAAGUCUGAAAUGGAUACAGAGGGGUAGGUGGGUGGGCUAACUGGGCACGGCACAUAAAUGACAUCGUGCCGGGGGAGGGGGGCAGAGGAAGCUGGAUGGAAGCCUUCUCUUCGUAAGCGUUUUCAGUCGCUAGGCAAAUGUCUGGGAACAAUUCUCGUUGGUUUUGUGAGGUGUUAGCCCGCUCUCUUCAUUCAGUGUUUUGCUCUACCUGCAUCCUUGCCAGGGGAAAAUUCCCAUGGGUUCCCAUGCUUCUCUCCCUGUGCAUAUGUCUUUAUGUACUCAUAUGGGAGUCCUCCUGUGCUUCGAAUGCGGACAGUGGUAAAAGCAGGAAACAUGGGUGGUUGGCAUGUUUGGACCUGUGGGCACAUUUGGAGGCAGUGCGCCCUGCUCUCCCCAUCUCCUUACCUGUUGACAGACAACACCCCCACCCCCGUCACUUUCCCAAGGGAGCUGGAUAAACAUCAGGUGUGGUAAAAUGAAAACGGAGUCUCUAGAAUUUUUACAUGGGAUCUCCUAAAAAAACAAAGUUUUUACUGCACAGUAAAAAUCACAGAUCAGGUUGGUUUAAGGUGCUGGUCCUCAUGAAACUUCAGGGUUGUUUUUUUCAUGGGGGGAAGAAAAACAAAUUGCAGGAGAACACACCUGUGUAAAUGGAGGUGAGCUGUGAUUUGAUGGUGGUUUUUAACAUUGGUGUUCUGCUUGCAAGUGUUCAGACUGCUUUAGCCACCCUCUGUUGUUCAUCUCCCUAACACCUGGGUUCUUGGAGAUGGACUGCAUCUGAGUAUGGAGGUUCUCUUUGAUAAUUCCUAUUGGAAUAGGUCACCCAAUUCUCUUAGAUGUCCAGUAUCCUGUUUCUAACCCCUGGUUGGCCAAAUGCCUCCAGGAAAUCCAUCUAAGCAGAGCAUGGAGACAGUAGCCUUCUGCCGUUCAUGUGUCCCUCAUCCUCUGUUGGUCAGCAGUAUAAAGCCUCUGACCAUGUGGGGGUUUAUUUAGCUGUCAUGAGUGCUAGCAAGCGGAAAGGCGGCUUGGAUCAGAAAGAAACAGUCUGCAGGGAAGGAGUUGAGCACAUUUUGCUGCAGUUUCACAGCCUCCCAAUAUUGCUUUUCACAGACAGCAGCAUCCAAGUGAAAAUACCUGGGUGCCAGGAUGGCGCCUGAUGUCUUCACCAUCAUGCUUGGGGAUCCUUGGUUCUUGCCUGUUUUCACACACUAACAACACAACCUGUAAAAUUCUAUCAGUGAUAUUUUAUCGGAGCGAAUUUCAGAAAUCAAAAAGUCGUAUUAAAAAAUAUGACUUUUGAGCUGUCUGGUCCCAAAAUGGCAACUAGACAUUCCGUUUUGGUGGCUGUAGCCUUAAACCCUGGUUUAAGGAGCCAUGUAUCUGAGUUUCUAACACUGAUUCACAGGACCCUAAAGUUGAAGGAGGCCUCAUACAGCCCAUUCCGCUGCUUGAGGCAGGAAAUCCAGGCGAAGGUCACCCCAUGAGAGCAUGGUCAAGCCUCUGCUGGAAGACUUCCACUGACAUAGCACGCAGAAAGUAGAUAUGGAUUUCCUGGCAGAUUUCUAGGCAGUUAGUGGUAGGACUAGGAAGCUACCAUAUUAUUAUUAUUAUUACUAUUAUUUAUUUGUCAGUGGCUUUUUACCUUCAAAAAAACCUAAUAAUAAUUUUAUUAUUUAUACCCUGCCCAUCUGGCUGGGUUUCCCCAGCCACUCUAGGAAGUUUACAGCACAUAUAAAAACAUAGUAAAGUGUCAAACAUUAAAAACUUCCCGAUACAGGGCUGCCUUUAGAUGUCUUCUAGAAGCUGUGUAGUUCUUUAUCUCCUUGACAUCUGAUACAGCAAAUGAAAAAACUAAAACCAGAUUUUUCAAAAAAAAUACUGCAUAAUUAAAAAUAUCUAAAAUGCUAAUCCAAUAACAUAGUAAUAAAGGAUCAGUAAUAAAGAGUAUUCUGACCGCCCUUUAUGAGUGCAUUGUGCAACAUUUCAUUGAUGCAAUGAUAGUGGAUUUAUACAGGCCACAUCAUUCCACUGUUGUCUGCAAGGGCGCACUUUGAGCUAUAGUGCAACAAGGGGCUCAUCCACACUGCCUCUCGCCCUGCUGUUUUCAUCCUGGGGGAAAGUGCUCUUUAGUGCUCAAUCAGAGCAAACAGCAAUUCGAGUUUGCUCUGGUUUAGCACUGAAGAGCAGGUUUUCCCUAAGGAGUGGGGCAGGGGGAAAACCAUUCAGACCUAUGACUAGAAAGGGUGGGUCAAGCAUGAAACAGCUUGGACUUGUGCUUUUUAGUCACGGACCGAGCGGAAGUGUGGACCAGCCCCAGAGCGGGACAAUGGGCCCCCUCCCCUCUGGUACAUUUGCGGUACUAAAAGUUACAGAAUUUCAGCAGGAAGUUAUGGGACAUUCCCCAAUUGGAAAGCUGCUCUGCAACUUUGGCGGGUGCAAAUUGUCCUGAAAGUGAAAUCGCAGGUAACUUCCAUCAUGAGUGCAAACAAUCACUAAUGCACAGUAAAAAGCAGAGCUCUGCCCCCAAAGUUCAACCAAAAUCUCCUUUCUAACUUCAGUCCAUUUUAAAUCUAGUCCUGCUGCACCCUGGGGAAGAAGUCUUUGCCUUCUUUUUAUAUGGCAGCUUUUCUGGUCUUUGAAGAACGUCAGGCUGCCAUUUCUCCAGGCUAAAACAACCCUGUAGCAAGUGUCUGCCCAUCUCAUUCUUGUUCUCCCUCUGUGCAGCUGCUCUGACACCUCGAGGUGCAUCUUCAAACUGCUCGAAAAGUGCUUUCAUGAUCACUUGCAAGCCUUUGUUGCUGCUGCUGUUGCCACCUGCUCUCGCUUCCUUUGUACUGCAUUUAUUCAGCACCAUUAAUUGGUGCACAGCUCACUGUAACAUAAGCAGCAAAGGCUGGGUCCCUGCCCUGAGCUGUUUCCAAUCCAUAGGAGCUGACUCCUAGGGCUUGAGGUCCCUUCGCCCUCCCCAUAAGUUGAUGAGUGUUGCCAUUAAAAAGGUGUCUGUGCACUGCGUCAUGCGAUUGAUUAUGGAGCGUGCAGUUUACCUCCUCCCCCCAUAUUUUAUUCAAUUUGGCACCCGUUCCAAUAUUAUUAUUUUUUGUAAUAAAUUUUUAUUAGUUUUCAAUUACAGUCCAAUAAUAGCCUCAUUAUAACAAUACCAAUUUAUACUACAAUCAUUAAUACCAAUCAUUCAAUUAGCGAAUUAUAUAAUUUAGUUAGAGUGAGGGCCCCCACAUUCUAGAUUUGAUGGUUUUCUUUAUUUCUGCGUUCCAAAAUCUUAUUAGAUUUCAUUACAUUCCGGUCAUAAUAAUAAUCCCUUCUUCAACCACUGCAAUAUUAAUAACUUCUAUUCGUGUCAACACAUUAAAUGAUUUAUAAAACUUCAAGUGAGGAACUCAAACUAUAUCCUUGUUCUUCUUGUGGGUGGCAAUUAUAUUGUCCUUGGUAUUUCUUCCUGUCCUUGCAAGAUGUUACGUCUUUCUUUCCCCUGAUUGUUGUUGUUAUCUGUUGUGCCUUGGCCGGAGGUGAUACCCCAUGGGCAAUUUUAGAUUGGCUGAUAUCACAAUCUAAAAUUCAUUGAUGGGGAGAGAACCAAAGGAGGGAAGGAUGGGGGAGGCAAGAGGUUACAAGGGAUGAAAGUGCGUGUCCUUUUUGGUGAAAAUGUGGAACGUUCAUCCCAAUCUGUUUGCAGGGAGGUUAUAUGGCGUGCGACCUGUUUCCUGAGCAUUCGUUCAGAUUUUUGGGGAGUUUAGAUGACGUUUCAUCAAGCAAGGGUUGAUGCAUUUUCUCUGCAAAAAGUUGGAUUUCUGUGGCAUGGGGAUGGACAGUGUGUUGGUUGUGCAAGAGCUCCAAAUCGACUUGUGCAACCUGAAUUUGGCGGUAUACGAUUGAAAGCCACCUGGAAGCAGCACCCUUGGUGAGUGCAGUGCCCAAGUAGCUUGGAAUGGGAAGCCACGACUGCACCACUGUCUUAAUAACGGUUCAGUGUCCCGGUCUUGUGCAUGUCUAAUCAGAAGUUAGUCUUUGGUCAGAGAACUGCAACUUGAUAGGGAUUCAGUUUGCACAGAGAAUCUUAGGAAGCAGUGCCAGCUAAGCUGAUUGCAAACCAGUGUGGCCUAGGGGUUAGAGUGUGUCUGAAUAGGAUUUGGAAGACCCAGGUUCAAAUUGACCUGUCUCUUUCAUCCUCACCUAUGGUUGUUGCAAAGAUAAGAGGCAGAUAAGUUAGCCAGUACCCUGCCCUGAUAUCUUUGGAGACGAGGGUGGGAUAUAGGUGUACUCGGUGCUUGGGAUGAAUUAGUUUGGUCUAACGAAGUUUGCUGAUUUUUAAAAAAAAAAUCUCUGAAAUACACCUGAAAGUUCCCACAAUUGCCAGGUGAACUAAACAUGAAUUAAGUUCUUCUUUUUGCAGUAGAACUUGGGACAAUUUCUAGUUCAAGUUCAUUCUCUUAAUGUGUUUUUUCAGGUUUUAGUCUCUUCAGCCUUUAAGCUGAAAGGGCAUAACUGCUGGCAAUAAAUAUAAAUAAAAUAAGUGAAACGAUUCACAUUUCCGCUACACGGACGUUUCCUUAGUCUUCAGUCCUUUUUACACUUUAGCUCAGCAACUUGUAGCAUUAUGAAUGCCAUGGAGAAAAUUGCCGAGGAUGAUUGGGACGAACUUGAAUUGAACUGUAAACCUGAAAUGGUCCAUUUUCUAAAGGGACAAAUGUGAACUGGAAUUUGUUCCUUGUCUCAUGGUCUAUGUUCCCAUCUGCCCUAGACAACAUGGGCAAAGAUCAAGGAAGUUGGAAGCCCAACAGUAUCGGGAAAGCCACAGGUUCCUUAUCUCUGGUUUAAAGAAUUGGUUGGUGGUUUGUGGUUGCUCUUCAGAGGAGCCAGAGUUGCUCCUUUGAGAAAUGUGACUUACCUGGACUUACACAGCCACCUAGUGGAAUCUUGGAAGAACGUGGGGUCGGUUGCACAGGCAGGGAACCCAUUAGAAAUGUCUUGCAAAUUCCCCAUACACUCUUUUUGUGGGUUUGCAAAAUUUAAAUCGGGUGGGGGGCAGGAGGGGGUGGGGGCAGGAUAAAUGGGAAACCUUGUUAGUCCCUGGAUAUUUUUGGCUUUUUAAAGGUGGAUGUUCACAUCCUCUGCCUGACCUAGGCCCCAUCUGCACUAUACAUUUAAGGAUGAAUCAUGGCGUCCCCCCCCAAAAAACCAGCCAGGACUUUCCCCUCAGAGAAUCCUGGGAGUUGCAGUUUGUCAAGGGAGCUGCCAUAUGAGGCCUCCUAUUCCCCUCACAGAGCUACAAUUCCUAGAGUGGUUUAACAAUUAAUCCCUCUUCACAGGGGACUCUGGGAAUUAUAGCUCUGUGAGGGGAGUGUCCUACCAACUCUCGGCAUCUUCAAGAAACUACAGUUCCCAAGGUUCUUUGGCAGAAGCCAUGGCUGUUUCAAGUGGUAUCGUACACUUUAAAUCUAUGGUGCAGAUGAAGCCCUAGGUAUGUAGAAAAUCGCUUGAUACCAAGCCCUGCACUGGCCUUUCCCAACCUGGUGCUCCUCAGAUGCUGUUGGUCUACAUCUCCCAUCAUUCUUGACAGUUGCUGAUUGGGGCUGAUAGGCCUUGUAGUCCAAAGCGCCCGGUGGGCAUCUGGUUGGAGAAGCCUGGUCCACGCCAACUGCCAGCAGCUCUCCUGGAUUUGAGUCGGGACUGCUCCUGCCAACCUAGCAGUUCGAAAGCACGUCAAAGUGCAAUUAGAUAAAUAGGUACCGCUCUGGCGGGAAGGUAAACGGGGUUUCCGUGCGCUGCUCUGGUUCGCCAGAAGCGGCUUAGUCAUGCUGGCCACAUGACCCAGAAGCUGUACGCCGGCUCCCUCGGCCAAUAAAGCGAGAUGAGCGCCGCAACCCCAGAGUCAGCCACAACUGGACCUAAUAGUCAGGGGUCCCUUUACCUUUACCUUACCUGGAGAUACCAGGAAUUGAACCCGAUACCUUCUGCCUGCAAAGCAGGUGCUCUAACCAAUGAACUCUGACCCGUCUAACCUCUUUGGAGGAAGUCUGGAGGAAAACCUCAAAUCUGCCGCUGCUGUUGCUUCAAGUUGUGCUGCUUUUUCUGGGUUGGUGACCUCGGCGGAGGUGCUUUUGAGCCCAGAGGCAUGGCUGUUUGUGUGUGGCAUUUGGCGGGGCAAGAGAACAAGUGGCGAUUGUCCAAAGCAGCGCAUCGGAGCUGUGGGCCCAGCUUCUUUCAGCCGCUGGUGUAUUGUUCUCUGUUGUGUACCCUCCGCUUGCAAAGAGAGAGAGAGAGAGAGAGAGAGAGAGAGAGAGAGAGAAAGCUGCCUGGAUUGCUUUUCUGCGGUUGUUGCAAAUGAGGCCCGUUUCCCCUUUUAAAUCCUUCCCUUCCUGGCUCGUCCGUUAAACAGUUGCUCGUGAUAACCUGCUCUGUCAGCAGUGCGCCGAGCCAAUGCUCUUGAGGCUUUGGUGUGCACCAGCGCCCUGCCAGGCGCUCAGACAAAAGGCCGCUUUAUCCAUCAGCCCACCCCUGACAGAGCAACCACCUGUUUCGAGUCGGCCGCAGAACGCUCUCGCUUGUUGAGACCCGGCCAGGCCACAUGGACUGGGGUGUCCUUGCUUUUUAAUGCCUCAGGGAGCAGAGCCCCUGCCAAAUGGCGCUGGGAUCAGCCGUUUUGGUUGUUAUUUAUUUCAAAAACAGGUACAGUGGUACCUCAGGUUACAUACGCUUCAGGUUACAGACUCCACUAACCCAGAAAUAGUGCUUCAGGUUAAGAACUUUGCUUCAGGAUGAGAACAGAAAUCUUGCUUCAGCGGCGCGGCGGCAGCAGGAGGCCCCAUUAGCUAAAGUGGUGCUUCAAGUUAAGAACAGUUUCAGGUUAAGAACGGACCUCCGGAACGAAUUAAGUACUUAACCCGAGGUACCACUGUAUGCUGCUUAAUUGCCACCUCUGCCUCUAAGUGGUGCUCGAAAAACUGAACAAACACAGUGAAGAGAAAAUCUGUUUUAAAAUGAGCAGCAAAAGUAUUGCUCUGAAUAUCAGUUACUGGGAAUUCAAAACUGGGAGAGCGCUGUUGGCCCUCAGGUCCUGUGUAGUGGGGCUCCCAAUGGGCAGCUGGCUGGCCACUGUAAGAAUGGGAUGAUGGACCCCCUUCCAUCAAACAUCUAAAAGGGGUAUAAUGUGUUAAUCAGGCAAAGGCCUGGUGCCUAAUGGUGUAUAUUAUUAUUAUUGUUGUUGUUGCUGGCCUUUGGUCUGAUCCAGCAGCCAGGCUCUUCAUGGGGACAUUGCUGCUCCCUUUCCUCACUCUAUGCCUGGGGAGGGGGUCAGAUGAAUAGGAAGUGUCUCCUGCCUGGUCACGCCAGCCCUUCCUGAAGGCAUUCUGGGAAGGAGAGGGAGAUGACUUGGACGGGCCCAAGGCAGCAAGAAGUGCUUCCAAUCCCAAACAACACAGGUUUCAGAUUUGGCCCUUAUGAGGUGAGCAAAGAGAGCUCUUAGUUCAGGGAUGAGGAACCACAGGCCUAGAGAAUGGAUGUGGCCCUCCAAGCCUCCCUAUGUGGUCCUCGGGACUCUCCCCCGGCCAUGCUCCUCACCAGCCGUGUUUUUGCUUGGGCUGAGUGUAGUCUGAUAAUGCUUGCCUGGAGGGAGGAUAGAGAGGGUUUGAGUGUAGAAUAUGUGGGGGGAACCUUCAGCCCUACAGAAACUCCUAAACUACAACUCCCAUCAUCCUUGGCCAUUGGCCAUGCUUGCGAUGGCUGAUGGGAAUAGUAGCUCAGCAAUACCUGGAGGGCCAAAGAUUCCCAACACCUGGUGUAGAAACUAGCCUGCUGCACAAAGGUAAAAUGUGUGCUCAUUGCUCUGCCCACUUUUGCUUCUGGCCCCGCCCACCACAGAAAUAGGGUUCUCAGAAGGAAAUGUGGUCCUCUGGGUGAAUAGGAUUCCCCAUCAGGGAUUGAACCUGGGACCUUCUGCAUGCAAAGCAGAUGCUCUACCCUUGAGCUGUAGUCCUUCCCUCUAUGGUUGGGCUGAAAUUCCAAUUGGACGAUUGUUAAAACAGAAUUCUUAACUUAAUCAUUCUUUUCUUCUUCCUUAGCAGAACUGCAGACAGAUUCUGGUUAUGAAGGAAGGAAUUUAUCCAGCCUGAGGUGGCUCUGGGGUUUCCCUCUUGUACUGACUUCUUGAAGUUCUGUUGGAAUCUCCCGUGGUUCUGCAUUGGCGAAUUUCUCAGGUGCACGGCUGCCGGGGAAUCCUUCGUUAGAUCACGUCCUACCAGCAGAAUCAACUUACCUCUAGGUAAUUUGUUAGUGGCUCAUGCCCAACUGAAAGCCGAUCCCAUUGUGGCUGAUAACCUCCUGUCUUGCAAGGACUCUUCACCUUUUAACCAGCCUGGUUUUGACUUGACGAUGAUUGUUUUGAAUCUGAAGCGCCAGCACUGAACGGCCCUUCUUCUUCCCCCCUCCCCUCCUUUACAGCAGUCGACAAAGAUGUCCACCACCAAAGUGCCCAUCUACCUGAAAAGAGGAAGCAGGAGGGGCAAGAAGGAGAAACUGCGAGACAUCCUCUCUUCAGACAUGAUCAGCCCACCGCUAGGGGACUUCCGGCACACGAUUCAUAUCGGCAGCGGUGGGGAGAACGACAUGUUUGGUGACAUCUCAUUUCUCCAAGGGAAGUUCCACCUCCUGCCCAGGACAGAGGGCAACGUGAGUCCAGGUGGCACCAGCCAGUACAUGGUGCCCUUCGAGUUCUCGAGGACCGCUACCAUCUCCGGUUAUGAGCCGCCGCCUUUGGACAUCCCCUCCCCUCUCCUCAAAAACGCCAUCUCCCUGCCGGUCAUCGGUGGCUUGCAGGCGCUGACCUUGCCUUCUGCUCAAGCCCCACCCAAACCGCCGCGCCUGCACCUCGACGACAAAGCCCAAGCCGCUCCCCAGACGAAUGACCUUGCCCUGAGUCCUCCCUGCACUGUGUCUGCUAGGACUUCGGAACCCCUUGGCACCGCCAACGGCAAGUGCCCGGCCUCUGUGAAUGGGUUCUCAGGGGAAGAAAACAAAGACAAGGCUUUCAUGUCCCACGCGGGCUCCCUGCUCUCCCUUCACGUGGACUUGGGGCCGUCGAUUUUGGACGACGUCCUGCAGGUGAUGGAGAAGCACCAGACGGCAGAUGUGGGUGCACCGUUGCAGGAUUCUGGCAGACAGGAAAUCCUGACGUAAUGAGAAAGGCGGCCGGCGGAGGGGGACCUGUGACUUUGAAAGCGCAGCCUUUUUGUACAUAAGAGAGUGUUUUGCUGUUAAAUUGGGUGACUGGGGGUGCGUGUGCAGGCAUGGAUGUGCGUGCACACCUGUGUGAGAUCCUUUGGUGCAGCUUCACUAGUAAUAUAAUUCCUCCCAGCUUUCAAAGAGCAUCUUGCAGAAUGCAGGCUUUCCUCCUUACUAUGCAGCACUCCGUUUCGACAAAAGCUGAGAUGGGUCCCUGUCUUGUGUGCUCUUGGCAGGCUCUACACACAAAAAACACACCCUUCUACUGAAACUUGUAUUGGAAGCAAAGCAAUAAAUUAAUAAGCAUCUGUUAAGUUACCCUCGUGAACAAAUGUUAUGGGUGUGGAUCCUGAAAAGCUGAUGGUUAAUUGAUGGGUUGGGGAAGAAAACCUCAACAGUGAAGAGGUGUGUGUUGUUGUACAUUCUUUGUAGCUGGAGUGGCGGGGGCGAUGUUGCGCUGCUCAUUGAUGGGAAGGGCGGCACGGCGCUCUGAGCAGUUGUCAGAGAUUGUCCCGUGCUGGAGGGAGGAGGAAGCCGUGUUUCUAGCCUUGGAAUGUAAACGAGUCAGGAUAUCUCAUUAAGUUCUUAAGCUGGUAAUAUGGUCAUGUUAAUGAAUAGGGAGGCAUUCCUGUGCUGGAAUUUCAUGGGAAAAGAUUCUGAGUCAUACAGGUUGGCUGUGGCUGAUGCAGUUUAGGGAGCUGCCUUAUAACACAUCACACUAUUUAUUUAUCUAGAUCAGGAUCAUCUGCUCUGACUGAUGGCAGGGUCCUAAGCAGAGAAGGUGCCUUUCCCAUCACUUGCUACCUGAUCCUUUUAACUAGAAACGCCAAGAUCUGAACCUUAGUCCAUAGUUAAUACUAUUUCCAUUUCCCCUGUGUGUGUUUCUCCUUCUCUGAUGGAAGAAAGAUGGGAUGUUAAAUUGGUUUAUUUACCGGCCAACACUCCUCAUUGGUGACCUAGCAGCCAAUAGCAUAGAGAGGACUGUGGUUUAGCUGUGGAGCACCUGUUUUGCAUGCAGAAGUCCCAGGUUCAACACCUGGCAUCUCCAGGUAGGCAUGGGAAGGACCUCUGUUUGAAACUGCCGGGAGCCACUGCCCAUCAGUGAGCUAGUUAAACCCAUGUUUUGAUUUAGGAGAAGACAGCUCCCUGUGUCCCUUUUGGAAUCCACUCUUUAUUCAGAACCAUGAGGACUGGAAUCUUACUUUCUUUUUAGCAGAAGGGCUGCAGGUCAGUGGCAGAGCACAUACUCUGCAAGCAAAAGAUCCUUGGUUCAAUCAAUCCCUGGCAUCUCCAGGUAGUACAGGAGAGAGACCAUUGCCUGAAUUUCAAGAAAGUUACUGCUUGUCAAUGUGGAUAAUAGUGAGAUGGACCAAUGGUAUAAGGCAGCUUCCUGAAUUCCUGUUACAGUAUAUGGUUAUAUUGUUCAGAAGAGAGGGUUGCCUCGUGGCUGCGGCUCUCCUCUUUUGGCCGUUCCUGUGCUUGGUUUUUCCUGCACCAUCCUGGCCGCAUCUGUAGUCGGCUGUCCAGCAUAGCAGACAAAGCCCCAUUUCAGCAUCUUCAGGGGAAGAAUAAAUAGAGGCUUGUUAAACUAACAAACCGUGGCCUGGCAUUGUCCCCAGGCAACUGGCUGUUUGGCAGCCGUUUCUCAUCCGGCCCAUCUGUCGCUGCAAAGGCCGCUUCGCAAGGGGACCCCAUCAGGAUGCUAGGAUGCUGUCAGUCCCACGGCACAUGACAAAAGGUGACUCUCGAAUAGGGGCAGGCUUCAUCAAGAAAGCCAUUUUCAGCGUCCCAAGCGACUUUUGGGCAGAGACGGCUGCUGCAGCUUCUUUGGAGCAUCUUUGGCCUUAAGCCAAGUUUAAAAAUCUCUCCUUGAUAGCAUGGCUUCCUCGAGGACUGACUCCUUGCCAGAUGCGUACUGGGUUUGUUCCAAGAAUUGGAUACUCCAAUCUGUGGUGUUUCACUGUGGGUUCUCCAAAAUUCACUAGAAAGCUAUGUUGGAUUUAGACAAAUUCAAAAGGGGUCCUGAAUUCGAAUAUUGUGAAUCUUUAUUUUUAUGUCCCCCCCUCAAGCUAUUUAUGAUACAGCACCAGCAACUUAUAUCAGGGAGGGGUGGGGAGCCUUGGGCCCAGGGGCCAAAUGGUGGCCCUCAGAGUUCUCUGUCUGGCCCUCAGGGCCUUCCCAGGACUGGUGCUGCUUCGCACAUUUCCUCUGUUUUUGCUUGACUGAAGUGUGUCUUCGAACACUGAUGAUGCUUCCUGCUUGCCUAGCCAGAGAACGUGGUGUAGAAACUGCAAAGGUAACAUUUCAAUGAGUUGCUCUGGCCACUUUUGCUUCUGGCCCUGCACACCUCACGCACGUGGCCCCUGGAAGGCUGCCCAGAAGGGAAUUUGGCCCUCAGGCUGAAAUAAGUUUCCCCAUCUGUGCUGUGUAUGAACUGUUAAAAAGAAGGAAGCACGUGGAUGUUGGUGGUGGGGAGACAAACAGCAUGAAAGGAGGAGGGAAUCCUAGAACUGUAGAGCUGGAAGGGACCACAAGGGUCAUCCAGACCAACCCCUUGCAAUCUUUCACCCAAUGUGGAGCUUGAACCCAUGACCCUGAUUUUACCGAUGACAACUGAGCUAUCCACAAGGGAGAGGCAAGGCUGAUGGGCAAGCACAUGUGUGCUUAGUGGCUACUUUCCAAUGAAUAUUGGAGGAUUCAGGACAGACAAAAGAUGGUACUUCUUUAUGCAGUGCAUAGUUAAACUAUGGAACUCACUCCCACAGGAGACAGUGAUGGUGACCAUCACGAGUAACUUAGGAGGACUGGACCAAUUCAUCAUGAGAUCAAUGGCUUCUAGCCACAAUGGCUGUGUUCUGCCUCCACUGUUAGAGGCAGUGUGCUUCUGAAUUUCUAGUUGUCGGGAACUGGGCAAAAGAUUCUUGCAUAGCAGGUGGUUGGACUAGAUGACCCCUGUGGUCCCUUCCAACUCUACAAUUCUAUGAAUCACAGGUAGGGAGAGUGCUACUGCACUCGGGUCCUGUUUGGCAGCUUCCCACCAGUAUCUGGCUGGCUUCUGUGAGAGCAGGAUGCUGGACUAGAUGGGCCUUUGGCCCGAUCCAAAAGGCUGCUCUUAUGCUUUAGGAUGUGCUAUGGGAGAUCCAGGUUGUUUUUGUUUGUUUUUUUAGUUUUACAGUGGGAGGGAGAAACCCUUUGGAAGCACAAUUCUGGGGUUUGGGGAGCUUCAAUUUCCCAUUGCAAAUGGCUCUCCUGAAGUAGCUCUUUGCAGCUUUAAUGAAAAAGCAUAGGUACCCAUAUGUGGGAGAAAAUUGCCACAGGGAUGAGAGUUAACGCCUCCUCUGCCAUCACUGCAGUCCUGAUCAUAUUUGGGCUCCCCUGCAACAGAUAUUAAACUUAUUUAAAAAUAACAUGAAAGCCCAUUGUGGAUUAUUUGACACUCUCUUUCUCUCU